UAUAGUCUGUGGCAGUAUGUGAACUGUCACUUGAAAUUUUGUUACCAAAACACGCGAGAUAAAAAAUAAAUACGCACUGCAUCAAAUUCUUAUCCCAAAUAAUUCAAAAUCAUGAGUUCUUCCGAAGAAUCAGAUGCCUCGAAUGGAAUCAAUGAUGCUUCCGAUGAUGAAUCUGAGAUGGCAAGUGAAUCUGAAGAUGAUUCCAAUGAUCGAAACGAAAUCAAAAGUGAUCUGAGCACAAUGUCAUUUGAAGAAUUAAUGAAAUUAAAAGAACAACUCGGUGCUAAAGUCUACAAAGAAGCUGUCCUCGGUGAAACAUCUGUGAAACCUAAAAAGAAAUCAACAGAUUUUAAACGACUUAACAAAAACCGACCAAGAGAACAAUCAUCCAGGAGGCAAGUUCCAUUUUUAGGUGGUGGCGUGAAAACCAGCAAGAAAUCCCAACAAACUCUCCGUGAUCCUCGAUUCGAUAGUAAAAGUGGCGACUAUGAUCCCAAUAAAUUCAAAGAAAAUUAUAAAUUUGUCACGGAAAUCCGAGAAAAAGAAAUCGAAGAGUUGAAGCAAAAGCUCUCUAAAGCAAAAUCCGAUGAAGAACGAGAAAAUAUAAAAUUCGUCAUGCAACGGUUGAAGAAUAAGAAUGUUGAAGAAAAACACUGGGAAGCCAAACAAAAUAUUCUUAAGAAAGAACAAAGAGCAAUCCAAAAAGACCAACAGGAAGGAAAACAGCCUCAUUUUGCAACCAAAAAGGAACGAAGAGCAAAGGAACUUGUUCAGAAAUUUGUGGAACUAAAAUCUUCUGGUGGACUGGCAAAACAUUUGGAAAAGAAACGAAAGAAGAACGCAGCCAAGGACAGAAAGAAGUUCAGUUUCGAUUGAAUUUUGUAUUUAUAUUUAUUAUUAAAGCACCCAAAACAGAA